UUUCCAAAAUCGGAAUUUGAAGAAUUUGAAUGUUAAGUAUCAUCCAACUCAGACACGUUCCCGCCAAAUUGUGAGGAUUUACAACGACGCCGGAGUCUGGAAAGGGGUCUAUUUUAUCAGAUACACAGAGAAACACAAAUAGCAUAUUUAUAAGCUAGGGGUGCGUCAUCAACAGAAAUAGACAUGCAAAAGCUAUCAACAGUUGUUGAAGGAUUCCGAGAACUGGACCUAGCCUUUAAUCAUAAUGAUGAUCUUGCUGUUGUACAGCAGCAAUAUGCAUCUAAGUUGAUUCACGCCAUAACUUGUGGAGACGAGCUUUCUGAGUGUGAGGCAUUAAAAAGUCUUGGAGAUGUUUACCUUAGGAAGACAAAGGCAUGUGCUCACAAAACCAGCAACUUCAGAAAAGCAUGUGCCUUAUACAUGGCACUUUCACAUCGCUGUAGAAGUACCGAGGAAAAACAGGUGGCACAACAUCGUAUCAGAUAUGCAGAGAAGUGUACAAAGUUGAUACACAAUGAACGUCAUAUCUAUACGGAAAUUGAGAUUUCAGACAAUAGCACAUUGGCUGUGUCAAUAGCACUUCAAAAAGUAGACCAGAUCAAGACAAAUGGACAGAAUAUGAUGCCCUUGAUUCAAGGAUACACAAAUUCCUUCGUGAGAGCAAUCAUUGAUGGAAAUAAACAUCUAGAAGUAGAAUCUUUGAAGACACUUGGGGACCUGUAUCAAAAGAGAGGGGUAGCAAGAAAAGACAGUGCAGACCUUGACAAAGCAUCUGGACUAUACAUCCGGGCACUGAAACGAUGUGACGACUCAAAUGAUGGCAUCGAAACGUUGGCACACCGCAUCAGGUAUGCAAGAAAAGUAAAGGAAAAAGUGAAGAGGCAACAACAAAAAGAACAAGCCAACAACAGGAAAUCUCGCCACAGACACCAGCUCCAGGCUCCUCCUACUUCCAAUCAACGAACACGUGACUUCAUCAGGUACACAAAGAGGGAAGGACUGAAAAUAGGAGAGGGCAUCACUAGACCAGUGAACAUAAGUCGCAAUGCACAAGGAGACUCUGACAGUAUCUACAAAGAACAACUAAAGGAGGGAUGCAGGGCCUUGCAGGCAGCGGACAUGGACAAAGCAGAACAGCACUUUGCAACUGCACUUAAGUCUGUACAUGUGAAAAAUGUAAACACAAGCCAACACUGGAAAGAGGCGGAGCCUCUAUACAAGUUGGGUGAUGUCUAUCUGAAGAGAGGAAUCCAGUCAAAGGACGGCGGCGACUUCACCAAGGCUGCAGCACUCUGUAAUUCAGCACUGGUAAGAUCAAGGGCAGAACACAAAGAAUCCAUCAAACAAAGAAUUCUCAACAUAACGCAGUCAUUUCUCACACAUGUGUUAGAAACUGACCACACGGUAGACGCUCAUGAUGGGGAGAAACACAAACUGAUGUUGAAGGGAAAUCGAGAGCAUGUAGAAAAGGAGAUCAAAAGAAUUGAACAACAAGUUGAUCCUUAUAGACUUGAUGAUGAUGACCCAAAGACAACAAUAAUGGAGGAGAAGAGAGCAGAAGAGGUCAAAGCAUUGUUUCUAACAAUUGCUUAUCACCGCAAAGAGUUUAUAUCUGGUCUUGUAGACGAAUGUAUUGAAAUUAUGGGCCCCCCUCCCUGCAUGUUUGCAUUCAUAGGCUUGGGUUCACAAGCGACAGGGUUGGUAACACCAUACUCUGAUCUUGAAUUUGCUAUUUUGGUAGAGAGGGAGACAGACAAUAAUGUUAGAUAUUUCAGAAAUCUAACUCACUAUCUACAUCUCAAAGUCAUCAAUCUGGGAGAAACCAUUCUCCCAGCCAUGGCAAUUAAGUCUCUUAAUGAUUUCCACUCAAAUGACCCACUGGACAACUGGUACUACGACUUUAAAACACCGAGAGGGUUUGCGUUUGACGGAGCCAUGCCAAAUGCAUGCAAGACGCCACUGGGCAGGGGAAAAACGUGUGAACUUAUACACACACCAAGUGAGCUGAUCAAAAUCUUGAAAGAUGACCUUACAAUGCAUUUAAAGAAGGGCUACCAUCUUGCUAGUAUAUUGGGGAAUGUGUGCAUUCUUACAGGAGAAGAGGAUUUGGUUGAUGAAUAUAACGCUUUAUGGAGCCAGCAACUGCAAGGUACUGGUGGAAUAAUCCCCUUGUUAGACGCCGUUACUACACUGAGUGAGAACGCAUCGACAUUUAAACUACAAGCUGUAACUUCUGGUCUACUAAAUGUAAAGAAAGAAAUCUAUCGAUUUUGUAGCCUUGCAGUAUCUUGCUGGGCGCUACUUAAUAACAUAAAACUGACUACAACAUGGGAGACUAUUCAGAAGAUGAAAGAGAACGGAGUCAUCAACAGUGAGAAUGCGCAUCACCUGAUGGUGCUGGUCAGUAUCUCAGCAGAACUGAGGCUGCGGACAUACAUGAACAAUCGUGGGCAGGUGGAGAACAUGUCAGCACUAUCGUCAAUGCCAACCGAUACGGGCAUUGAGGAGAAAUUACAGAAGGUGUUUUACUUCUCAAAUACACAGCAGCUCAUGAGAUAUUAUUACAGUGCAAGACCAUUAAAGUACUUUAUUUCUCAACUUGCUAAGGGACAGGCACCAAAACAGGCACCGAUUCUAUUUGAGAAGUCAUCAAAGUUGAAAUCAGAAGUAUACAAAAGUCUUUGUGACUACCAAAAAUCAAAGACAUGUCUGGAGCAAGCACUACAUGAUGUUGUACAGAAAAAUGGCAAAAAUGAAGAUUUUGUUGAGUCAUUGAACAACUUGGGUGAUGCCUGGAGGAACAUUGGCGAUUCCAAAAAGGCGGUAAGCUAUUACGAACAGUCCCUACAGAUGCAGCUGACGAUCUACGGCGAGAGUGCUGUUCAUCCUAACAUUGCUUCCACACUGAACAACCUCGGUAAUGCCCGAAAGGACAUUGGUGAUUACAGAGGAGCUAUCGGACAUUACGAACAGUCACUACAGAUGAAGCUAACUAUGUAUGACGAUACUGUGAACCCUGCCAUCGCUGCAUCACUGUACAACUUGGGUGCCACUUGGAAUGAUCUUGGACAUCAUAGGAAGUCUGUAAGUUAUUUUGAAGAGUCCUUACAAAUGAGGAGGCGUAUCUAUGGUGACAAUACAACACACCCUGACAUUGCUGACUCACUCUACAACCUGGGUAAUGCUUGGAGGGAGCUUGGUGACUUUGAAAAGGCCCUCAGUUAUUCUGAACAGUCACUGCAGAUGCAACAAACUAUCUAUGGAGAGAGCACCGCACAUCCUGCCAUUUCAGCGUCUCUAGACAACUUGGCUAAUACCUGGAUAGAACUUGGUAAUCCCAAAAAGGCCAUCAACUUCUACGAACAAGCACUUAAGAUGAGAAGGAGUAUCUUUGGGGAGGACACUGUCCAUCCUGAUAUCGCAAGGUCACUUCAUAACAUUGGUAAUUGUUGGAGUGACCUUGGUGAUUACAGAAAGUCGCAAGGCUAUUUUGAGCAGUCACUUGAAAUGAUGCAAAGCAUUCAUGGUAAUGGAACUGCACAUUCCGACAUGGCGACUUUGCUUAGCAAUUUAGGCGCCAUAUGGAGGGACCUGGGAAAUCCCAGAAAAGCUGUCAGUUACUAUGAACAGUCAAUAAAGAUGCAACAGUUCAUCUAUGGUGAAAGUUCUGCACAUCCUGACAUUGCCAGGUCACUUGACAACUUGGGGCAUUCAGUAAGGGACCUACGUUUUCACAAAGAAGCACUCACUUGUUAUGAAUAUUCACUGAGGAUGAGGCAUAUUACCUAUGGUCAGGACACUGCACAUCCUGCCAUUGCUGUAUCACUUAGCAACUUAGGCAAUGUCUGGAGUGACUUUGGUGAUCUCCCAAAAGCCAUCGGCUAUCACAAACAAUCACUACAAAUGAUGAGGAGUAUCUUUGGCGAGAGCACUGCACAUCGCGCUAUUGCCAAGGUACUUAACAACUUGGGUGCUAACUACGGGGACCAUGGUGAUUAUACAAACGCCGUUGGCUACUAUGAACAGUCACUACAGAUGCAGCGAAGUAUCUAUGGAGAGAACUCUUCAAACCAUGACAUUGCUGACUCACUUUUAAACUUAGGGAAUGCAUGGAGUGAAGUCGGUGAUCACGGAAAGGCUAUCAGUUGUUAUGAACAGUCACUACAGAUGAGGCGCCAUAUCUAUGGUGAGAGCAUUGCACAUUACCACAUUGCUCAAUCAUUGAGCAACUUGGGUCAUUCCUGGAGCGAUCUUGGUGAUUAUAGACAAGCCUACAGCUACCAUGAAGAGGCACUACAUAUGCUAGAGAGUAUCUAUGGUGAAUGUACUGCACAUCCAGACAUAGCACAGGCACUCUGUAACUUGGGAGCUGCCUGUGGUGACCUUAAAGAUUACAGAAAGUCAGUCAGAUACUUUGAACAGUCACUAAAGAUGCAACAAAGUAUCUAUAUCGAGGACACCUCACAUCCCCACAUUGCACUGUCCCUCCACAAUUUGGCUGCAGCUUGGUGGAAACUUGGAGAAUACGACAUGGCUGAGAGCUAUGCUCUUCAAGCAAUGCAGAUGAAAUGUAGCAGGGAUUUGCAAGAAAAAUGAACUGCACAUCCUAGUAUACCGCAUUAAGGUCAUCCCUGCGUCCAAACAGUAUUCGAAUACUUUCAUUUAUGUCAAAAGGGCAUAGCUUCAAAGUCAUCAAAUAUCAUGACGUCACGUGAGGUAAGGAUGAUUUUUGUAGAAAUUAGCAUCUGUUGAAUAGUUACGACUUUAAAAAAAAUGUAUUUAGUAUGUAAGAUUACAGUAUGUACUCGACCGAUACGAUAGCUAUAAUGACCUAUUAGUUCGUGUACAACAUAACUUAUCCUGGAAUACUUAUGUACUUAAGCAAAUAUCCACAUGUAACUCAAGACUUGCAAUGAUCAAGAGAUCAAUAGGCUUUAAUCCCCCCCCCCCCCCAACUGUUAAACUUAAUUUGUACCGAUCACCGUGAUGCCACAUUUAGACUACUGUUCUCAGGUAUGGACACUGCAUAUUAGAUUGUAUCUACGCAAAGUAGAGGGCGGUCAAUAUGUGCUAGUAAAUACAUCUGCAAUGAUUAUGAACUUAUGUUAACUAGAGUCUACUUGAGAUGACUUCAUUUUUAGUUGAUGGCGAUCAAAAAGGUGCACAUAAAAUGUGCAGUCAGGAGCUUAUAUUCUUACACACAAUAUUUUUGUGUAACAUGUUUUACAAAUUAGAUUUCAUGGAGAAAAGUGCUUAUUCAUCUGGAAAGAGUGCCCUUGUGUUGAUGUUCAGAGCAUUCUCAGAGUAGAGUAGAGUAGAGUAGAAUUAAACUUUGACCCAGUAGGAGCUUUGGGUUCAGGCUUGAAUGAAUGAAUGAAUGGUUUAUUAAAAGACGUAAUACUUCGCAGCCAAAACCUGAAUUACGUAUUCGG